UCCGGAGCCCGGCGGGCGGCGUCAGCGGGGCGGGCGGCUUCCGGCCGCGGCGUAAACAAGGGCCGUGAGCUGCUGGAGGCGGGGCGCGUGGGCUGUGAGAGGGAGCCGGCCUGAGGCGGUCCCCGUCCCCGGCGAGCUCCGGGUCCUGGCCCCCCGCCGCCCCCUCGCUCCCCGCAGGCGCGUCCCGGCGGCGGAGAGCCGUCCUCGGCCGAGGCGGGCCGAGACUCGCGAGCGCAGGGGGCAGGGAGGCCUCAACGCCGUCCCCCUCGCUGCUGCCGCCUUCUCUGUGCCUCGCGCCGCCGUGCAUUUCUGUCUGUCUUCUUUGUCUCUUUCUCCCGUCGCGGGUGUGGGCAUUCCUCGUGAGCGAAAGUGCAGCCUCAAAGAUGGCUGAUGGCAACGAGGACCUGCGGGCGGACGACUUGCCGGGGCCGGCCUUCGAGAGCUAUGAGUCCAUGGAGCUCGCCUGCCCCGCUGAGCGCAGCGGCCACGUAGCCGUCAGCGACGGGCGCCACAUGUUCGUCUGGGGCGGGUACAAGAGUAAUCAAGUCAGAGGAUUAUAUGACUUUUAUCUGCCUAGAGAAGAACUAUGGAUCUACAACAUGGAAACUGGAAGAUGGAAAAAAAUUAACACUGAAGGUGAUGUUCCUCCUUCUAUGUCAGGAAGCUGUGCUGUGUGUGUAGAUAGAGUGCUGUACUUGUUUGGAGGACACCAUUCAAGAGGCAAUACAAAUAAGUUCUACAUGCUGGAUUCAAGGUCUACAGACAGAGUGUUACAGUGGGAAAGAAUUGAUUGCCAAGGAGUUCCUCCAUCAUCAAAGGACAAACUUGGUGUCUGGGUAUAUAAAAACAAGCUAAUAUUUUUUGGAGGAUAUGGAUAUUUACCUGAAGAUAAAGUGUUGGGAACUUUUGAAUUUGAUGAAACAUCUUUUUGGAAUUCAAGUCAUCCAAGAGGAUGGAAUGACCAUGUACAUAUUUUAGACACUGAAACAUUCAUCUGGAGCCAGCCUAUAACUACUGGUAAAGCACCUUCACCUCGCGCUGCCCAUGCCUGUGCAACUGUUGGAAACAAAGGCUUUGUGUUUGGAGGCAGAUACCGAGAUGCUAGAAUGAAUGAUCUUCACUAUCUUAAUCUGGAUACAUGGGAGUGGAAUGAAUUAAUUCCACAAGGCAUAUGCCCAGUUGGCCGAUCUUGGCACUCACUAACACCAGUUUCUUCAGAUCAUCUUUUUCUCUUUGGAGGAUUUACCACUGAUAAACAGCCUCUAAGUGACGCCUGGACUUACUGCAUCAGUAAAAAUGAAUGGAUACAGUUUAAUCAUCCCUAUUCUGAAAAACCAAGGUUAUGGCAUACAGCUUGUGCCAGUGAUGAAGGAGAAGUAAUUGUUUUUGGUGGGUGUGCCAACAAUCUGCUUGUCCAUCACAGAGCUGCACACAGUAAUGAAAUACUUAUAUUUUCAGUUCAACCAAAAUCUCUUGUACGGCUAAGCUUAGAAGCAGUCAUUUGCUUUAAAGAAAUGUUAGCCAACGCAUGGAACUGCCUUCCAAAACACUUACUUCACAGUGUCAAUCAGAGGUUUGGUAGUAACAACACUUCUGGAUCUUAAGGCUUCAUAGAUAAUACCUCUGAUAACCUUGCAUGGACAGCAGACCUGUAAACGUUAGAGUGGCAUCAUUUGUAUAAUUAUAUGCAUUGUUGUAGUUGGCAGCUUUUUGGUUUUAAUGUGCAUGUGAAUGGCCUAGAGAACCUAUUUUUGUGUCUAAAGUUUACAAUAAAUGUAUUUAACACCAGUAA